CGGACACUCAUCGUUACCAGACAAAUUGGAGGGUUUGAUUCAGGUAAGGUAAGGCAAUAUACCCCUAACGAGUGGAACGGAAACAAUAAGGGAAACGCCGUAUCUCCCGUAUAGCUCUCUCUCUGUCGUUCCUCGCUAAGUGGGAAAUCUCCCCUCCAGGGAUUCUUCUUCCACCGCGUGAAGGGCCAAAUCUAGCUUCAUAUAGGUUGGUGUAUUGCCUUUCUGUGCUUCAUAUCCAGUUAAAAUGGCUGAUGGUCAUGAAACUGAUAAGAAUAUUGAGAUAUGGAAGAUCAAGAAAUUGAUCAAGGCACUGGAAGCUGCAAGAGGUAAUGGGACCAGCAUGAUCUCCCUUAUCAUGCCUCCACGUGAUCAGAUAUCUCGGGUUACUAAGAUGUUGGGUGAUGAAUUUGGAACUGCUUCAAACAUUAAAAGUAGGGUUAACCGUCAGUCAGUGUUGGGUGCCAUUACUUCUGCUCAGCAGAGGUUGAAGCUGUACAAUAAAGUUCCUCCGAAUGGUUUGGUUUUGUACACUGGAACAAUUGUUACUGAAGAUGGGAAGGAAAAGAAGGUAACCAUUGACUUUGAGCCUUUCAAGCCUAUAAAUGCAUCACUCUACCUCUGUGAUAAUAAGUUCCACACUGAAGCCUUAAAUGAACUCCUGGAAUCUGAUGAUAAAUUUGGCUUUAUAGUCAUGGAUGGGAAUGGGACACUUUUUGGAACAUUAAGUGGAAACACACGGGAAGUGCUCCACAAAUUCACUGUUGAUCUUCCAAAGAAACAUGGAAGAGGAGGACAGUCUGCUCUGCGUUUUGCUCGCCUUCGUAUGGAGAAACGACACAACUAUGUUAGAAAAACAGCUGAACUUGCCACACAGUUCUUCAUCAAUCCAGCCACCAGCCAGCCCAAUGUUGCUGGAUUAAUACUGGCAGGAUCAGCUGACUUCAAGACAGAGCUGAGCCAAUCAGAUAUGUUUGAUCCUCGCCUCCAGGCCAAGAUACUUAAUGUGGUUGAUGUUUCUUAUGGAGGGGAGAAUGGUUUCAAUCAGGCCAUUGAGCUUUCUUCGGAGAUUCUAUCCAAUGUAAAGUUCAUUCAGGAGAAGCGCUUGAUUGGGAAGUAUUUCGAGGAGAUCAGCCAGGAUACUGGCAAGUAUGUUUUUGGUGUAGAUGACACCCUGAAAGCACUGGAGAUGGGUGCUGUUGAAACGCUAAUUGUGUGGGAAAAUCUGGAUAUUAACAGGUAUGUGCUGAAAAACAGUUCCACAGGUGAGAUUGUCAUAAAGCACCUGAACAAGGAUCAAGAGACCGAUCAAAAUAAUUUCCGGGAUCCAGCCACUAGUUCAGAACUGGAGGUUCAGGAAAAGAUGUCACUGCUUGAGUGGUUUGCUAACGAGUACAAGCGAUUUGGUUGCAGCCUUGAAUUUGUCACUAACAAAUCACAAGAAGGGUCCCAGUUCUGCAGAGGGUUUGGUGGCAUUGGAGGAAUCCUUCGUUACCAGCUUGAUAUAAGGUCAUUUGAUGAAUUCUCUGAUGAUGGAGAAGUUUACGAAGACUCUGAUUAGCAAUCAAUCAACCCUUACUCAAUCCCGGUGCAGCAGGGCAAUCUGAAAGCCUGCACCGGGCAUACGAGUGCAUGCACUCGCUGCUGCUGCUCCGUAGCUCAUGAGGUUUCACGAAAUACUAAUUAAGGAGCUUGUCUGUUUUCUGGAAUAGAAGAUACUAGAUGGCGAUAUUGUGGGAUUGAUUUGGCGAUGGAACAAUGGACAAGGUUGUUGGACUUAUUGGGGAAAAUCAUUCAAGUUUCUUCCUGGGCUUGGAGGAUAUAUAAUAUAUAGGAGGCCCACUUUUGGUACUCUAGUAUCAUAUGUGACUUAAAUACUUGCAUUGGCGUCUGGAAACCAUAUUUCUUGUUGCCUAGUUAUGCCAUACAUUUGUACUAGUGACAAUGUUCGACUCUUAGGCUCCCCCAUCCCUCUUUCAAAGAAAAAAAAAACUACUAAAUAUGUGGUUAGGCAGCUUGGAAUUACUCUUAGUUCUGUUUUUAUCUAAGCUGAAGCUUGACAUUUCAUUCAGCUAUAAUUAAAUUUAAGAAUUGUCAGAAA